CCCAGCUCGCUCCCCGCGAUCGCGCGUCCCCGGCGUCGGCCGCGGUCGCCGGCUGUCCCCGCGUCGACCGCCGGCCCGGACGUGCCCCCUGCGGCCGCUGGCAGUGCCUGUGCCAUGGGGCUGCCGACUCUGGAGUUCAGCGACUCCUACUUGGACAGCCCGGAUUUUAGGGAGCGCCUGCAGUGUCAUGAGAUUGAGCUGGAGCGAACCAACAAGUUCAUCAAAGAGCUCAUUAAGGACGGCUCUCUGCUCAUCGGGGCGCUGAGGAAUCUGUCUAUGGCAGUACAGAAAUUUUCCCAGUCACUGCAAGAUUUCCAGUUUGAAUGUAUUGGUGAUGCUGAAACAGAUGAUGAAAUUAGUAUCGCUCAGUCACUGAAAGAAUUUGCAAGACUACUCAUUGCAGUAGAAGAAGAAAGGAGAAGACUGAUUCAAAACGCUAAUGAUGUACUAAUCGCGCCACUUGAGAAAUUUCGCAAAGAACAAAUCGGUGCAGCAAAAGAUGGAAAGAAGAAGUUUGACAAGGAGAGUGAAAAAUACUAUUCUAUUCUUGACAAGCAUUUAAAUCUGUCUGCAAAGAAAAAGGAGUCUCAUUUGCAAGAGGCAGAUACGCAGAUUGACCGAGAGCAUCAAAACUUCUACGAAGCAUCGCUCGAAUAUGUCUUCAAAAUUCAAGAGGUUCAGGAAAAAAAGAAGUUUGAAUUUGUUGAACCGCUUUUGUCUUUCCUUCAGGGUCUAUUCACUUUUUACCACGAGGGAUAUGAACUCGCCCAGGAAUUUGCGCCGUAUAAGCAGCAGCUGCAGUACAACUUGCAGAAUGUAAGACACCUGUCCUCACCGCUGUCCUUCGGAACCGGGGGGUCACAGGGCAGUGAGUUCCGGCCCAGCCAAACCUUGCAGUCUUUCAGAAAGUUCUCCAAGUACAGUACAACCUCACUCAUUUUGAAAAUGUCCACACUGCAAAUAAAGCCGCAUUGUUUGAUGGCGGGACACUCUACCCUCCACCACUCUCACACCAGACUGACCUCACUCGCCGUUAACAAUCCCAACUUGCACGGCGGUCUAUGGAAACACUCAUUUGUGUUUCAGAGUACUGAAAACUGUACAAACUUAGUUACAAAUCAUUUACUAACAGUCUGUAAUGUUUUUUUCCUUACAUUAGGACCGCUCGGUUUUACAUGGACUAAACAUUACUGUACAUAUGAUAAGGGAAGUAAAACAUUUACAAUGAGUGUUUCAGAAAUGAAAUCCAGUGGGAAAAUGAAUGGCCUUGUUACUAGCUCGCCAGAAAUGUUUAAAUUAAAAUCCUGUAUCCGACGAAAGACAGAUUCAAUUGACAAACGAUUCUGCUUUGACAUAGAAGUAGUCGAAAGGCAUGGGAUCAUCACGUUGCAGGCCUUCUCAGAAGCUAAUCGGAAACUCUGGCUUGAAGCCAUGGAUGGGAAGGAACCGAUUUAUACCUUGCCUGCAAUUAUUAGCAAGAAAGAAGAAAUGUACUUAAAUGAAGCAGGGUUCAACUUUGUGAGAAAAUGCAUUCAAGCUGUGGAAACGCGAGGUAUCACCAUUUUAGGCCUUUACCGAAUCGGAGGAGUGAACUCCAAGGUUCAGAAACUCAUGAACACUACAUUUUCUCCCAAAUCCCCUCCCGAUAUGGACAUUGACAUUGAACUGUGGGAUAACAAGACAAUAACAAGUGGGCUGAAGAACUACCUCAGGUGCCUUGCGGAACCACUGAUGACUUACAAAUUACACAAAGAUUUUAUUGUUGCUGUUAAAUCUGACGACCAGAACUACCGGGUGGAGGCUGUGCACGCGCUGGUGCACAAACUGCCGGAGAAGAACAGAGAGAUGCUGGACAUCUUAAUAAAGCACCUGGUCAAAGUGUCACUACAUAGCCAGCAAAAUCUCAUGACUGUCUCAAACCUGGGUGUCAUAUUUGGUCCAACUCUAAUGAGAGCACAGGAAGAAACUGUGGCUGCCAUGAUGAAUAUUAAGUUUCAGAAUAUCGUGGUUGAAAUUCUGAUAGAACACUAUGAAAAGAUUUUUCAUACUGCCCCAGACCCAAGCAUUCCUCUUCCUCAGCCUCAGUCUCGAUCUGGAUCCCGAAGGACACGUGCCAUCUGCCUCUCCACAGGCUCCCGGAAGCCCAGGGGGAGGUACACUCCGUGCUUGGCAGAACCUGACAGCGACUCCUACAGCAGCAGCCCGGACAGCACACCCAUGGGGAGCAUCGAGUCACUUUCCUCUCACUCCUCUGAGCAAAACAGCACCACGAAGUCCGCCUCCUGCCCACCCAGGGAGAAGUCUGCAGGGAUCCCUUGGAGUGCAUCCCCGUCGCCUUCCAACGGACAGAAGAGCCUGGGGCUCUGGACAACUAGUCCCGAGUCAAGUUCUAGAGAAGAUGCAACCAGAACGGAUGCCGAAUCCGACUGCCAGAGCGUUGCCUCGGUCGCCAGCCCGGGGGACGCGUCCCCACCGCCCAUAGACCUGGCCAAGAAGGGGCCGUACGGGCUUUCAGGGCUGAAACGAGCCUCUGCUUCCUCUCUCAGAUCCAUCUCGGCCGCUGAAGGAAACAAGAGCUACAGCGGAUCCAUUCAAAGCUUAACUUCCAUAGGUUCCAAAGAGACGCCCAAAGCCCCACCAAACCCAGACCUGCCUCCAAAAAUGUGCAGGAGGUUAAGGCUAGACACUGCCUCCAGCAAUGGCUACCAGCGACCCGGCUCCGUCGUGGCAGCGAAGGCCCAACUGUUUGAAAAUGUUGGUUCGCCGAAGCCAGUUUCUUCUGGGCGCCAAGCCAAAGCCAUGUACUCCUGUAAGGCAGAGCACAGCCAUGAGCUUUCCUUCCCCCAGGGGGCGAUCUUUUCCAACGUGUACCCAUCAGUGGAACCAGGAUGGUUGAAGGCAACUUAUGAAGGCAAAACAGGACUGGUCCCAGAAAAUUACGUUGUCUUCCUCUAAGACUACUUAGUGGAUGGCAGUAUCUUCAUGGUAUCCAUGGUAACAAGCAAUAAGUGCUAUGAUUUUAUCUGACACAGAUAUGGGGAUCAGCCCAUUAAAAUGAGGACAGUCCAUUUCUAUCAAGUUCUACACCAGCAGACUAUGUAGCUCCCUAUUAAGAGAAAGGAAAAUAGUGUUUAAAUUGUUCGCCAUUCAUUUUUCUUUUUCUCUUUUUUGGCUGGUUUCUUAUUUUGAAGUAGCUUGCCCCUUUCCUUUUUUUUUUUAGAUAAGUAACUCUCCACAAUGUCUCUUUCAUAACAAUUGUAAUCUCAAAUGCUGUGUUAAGUACUACUAUAUCCCCAAAAUUUGGAAACCAGAAAUCUGCUAUAAGACUUUUGAGAUCUGCCUGUUACUGUCUGGUGUUCUCUGAGAAACCUUGAAACCAUUACUAAAAAAUGUAAUUUAAAUUGUUCAUUUAUUAUGAUUUUUUUCUUAAAAAUAUACUGCUAUUAUAUAUGAUUGUUUUGCUGGUCCUAAACAUUUCAAGGAAAUAAGGCGCUUUUUUUUAACAUAGAUUUAUUUUUAUUUGUUUACCAAGUAGAUGAUAAUAUUCAAAAGCAAUAAUGUAUAUGAUGUCUGUAAAUGAAACCGAAUUAGGUCAUACACUGAUUCUGCUGUAAACGCUCUGUGCAGCAUUCCAGACACCUUCCAUGGGCUUAGAGCAGGGACCAGCAAACUAUUUCCGUAAAGGCCUGAUGGUAAAUAUUUUCUGCUUAGCAGGACCUGUGGUCUCUGUCACACCAGUCCACUCUGCAUUGUAGCAGAAGGUGGCCAGAGACACAAGUAAAUGGGUGUGGCCGUAUGCCCAUACAGCUUUAUUUCAGGACGCUGAAAUUUGACAGUCAUGGUUAUCACGUGUCAUGAAAUAUUAAGCUUCUUUGACUUUGAAAAAUCCAUUUAAAAAUAGAAUUGUUCUAAGCCUGUGGGCCGUAGACAGACAGGUGGCAGACCAGGGUUAACUCCUGGGUCACGGUCUGUUGACCCCUGGUUUAGAGGAUGUGUAAAAUGACCUUUAUAACUUUGAGAUUUUAUGAAAUUUUAUUCCAUUAACCUAUAAAUGCUGGUAAGUCACACGCACAUAUCCUCUGGUAGUAUCAUUGUAGUGGUGUCACAGAUGUGUAACUGCAGUAAUAGGAAAGCAAUGUAAAGGUGCCGUGUACAAGCAUACAACAUAAGCUCUACCUGCAGCUCUGUAAAGUGUGAAAGUCUCUUACUGGUGUCUAGUUUGGGGUUUUGAGAAAUUCUCCUACAAGUGAUAAAGAUGCUGUUUUAAGACACUAGUAGAGACAUGCCUUCUAAAGUCUAUGCUUAGUUGAAACAGAAUCAAACUCUUUAUACAGGAUUCUUAAAUGGUUUUGAACUGGGGUUUGAAAUUGUUACAUCAUCUUUAGCAAGAAUAAAGUCAUACAUGAUUUUCGGGUAUGCCUUUCGAUUUACAACCUUUAUUAGGGAUUUCACUGAAUUUAUAGAGCAUAGAAAUAGAUAUUUACUACCCAUUUAUAUAUGCCAUCAACAUCUGGCCAUGCAUCCACCAUUAGUUCUAUUGUUUCUAUUUGAAUAAUCCUCACAUUGUUUCUAUAUGUGGCUAAGAGCCUUUCUUCUAAAGAUUCUCAAAAGCUGGUUCCCUGCCAUCGACUGCCACGGUGCUGGCCCCUUGGCCAUGGCAUUUUACCUGUUGCUUCACAGUUCCUCACUGUACAGACACUCAGGUACCAACUAUAGACAUUUCUUCUUAACGUGAUAUUGUGAUCUGUAAUCUCAGUCUCUUCUACUUUAAUGUUUCUAGAGUUAAUAGGUUAAAUUAUACAUGCCCACAUGCACAACUAUGCCUGGGAGCAUUUGUGCUUUUAAAAUUAAAAAUGGAAUAAUGGAUGAGAAUGUAAAAGAGAGAACCGUAGACGGACUCGCAACCAGAAGUAAAUAUCAGUGCAUUGAAAUAAAGGGAUGAAAACUAUUUAAUGUUAUAAAAAUUAGUAAUAUAAUGAAAAAACCUGAUAAGUUUGUUGCCUUUUUUUACCUGCUGCUAUUGACUUUUAUACACUAUGAUUAUAUGUUGUUAGAGCUUCUUGAUCUCUGGCUCCUCGGUGGCCCUCAGGAGUAGUAAUCGUACUGUUCACACCCCGACUACCCUCUGCUGGGACAGAGGUGGUCUUUCUAGUGGACCAGUCCCUGAGUCUACAACACCCUCAGUUUAAGCGUCCUGGCUAGCAUUUGGCAUCUGACUAAAUGAGAGCCUCUGAAGACAAACUGAUUUUCUUUCAGAGACCAACUUGACUCCAAAACAGUGAUUCCUGCUUCACUUGCUGCUGCAUAAAGAAAUCUCAGCCUUCAUUUUAUUUUAACACAGGCCACAGUGUCCCUGCCUCGGAGUUGUCUGUGGGCUAAUCCCACGGAUGCUCAGUGAGGAGACAGCACGGGCUGUAACGGAUGUGCGUGGGGAGCCCUGCUCCUUUAUCCUGGGGAGGCAUAGCUGGGGCCAGUCCUGGAUAGGGUCCGUUUUUUGAAACAAGCGGCAAAAGUGCUUGCUCAAAUUGUGCUUUUACUUGGUGUUUUAAUCUCACAGAUUUGUGAGGAUGGCUUUCUUCUUCAUACUGACUGUGUGUGGAAGCAAGUCGUGGCCAUGUGUUGGAGGCAGGCGGAACCUGCUUUUCCCUAGAAACGUUGCCAACAGAUAAGGUAUUUGUGGGCAUUGAGAAAAGUCAGGACAUGUGCUCUACAUUCUAAGGAAUAUUACUUGCACCAGAAGGCAAUGCCAGCCGAGAGAAGAUGAUCACAUUUGAAAUCGUAGCAGCAUUUCAGUAAUGAAACCUUAGCUUUGCAGAGACAUAGUGAAGACCCGCUAGACUUCCCACAUUGGACACACACGCAAACGUGGGCGCCCCAAUCACUGCUGCCAGUAUAAUCAGGAUGAGAAGGAGACUGAUGAGUCAGUCAGUCUUCUCAUCUGUUAUGUGAAAAUAUCCUCAAAACAAAACCUGUAUGUAACUAACAGGUGACUCUUCUGUUGUGCUGUAACUCCGCCAACUUUAUAGAAACUACUAGUCAGUCAACCGAAGGCUUUUUCUGUUGUGUUACGUGUAAAUGUCUGAGCAGUUGAACCAUCCCUGUAUUCCUCUGAGGUCUGUGGCAGAUGAGGAAGUGCCACAUCUCCUUAUUCAGUGGAAGUGGUUUGCCCAGCUGUGUCGGCUCCCUGUGCUUUGCACUAAGUGGGCGCUACCAGGCUUCUCAGCAGUGGCUCCUUUGCUGGUUCUUUCAGGAAUGGUUGAGAUUUUUUAAAAAACGUUCUUUACAGUUCCAUACUCUCCAGGUUCCCAAAUAGGAAGAAUAAAAGGACACAAUUUUUUGUUUUAUUUCUGCAAUAGUUGAUUUUAUAUAGGGUGGCAUGUUUUCUAAAAAUCCACCAUGAUGUAAAGGAAAUAAAUCCAGCCCUGCAAUCCUGGGAAGGUAGCACCUGCUAACCUCCUCGCUCCCAGCCUCAUCUUCAGGUCUGUCUGUGUCCGACGUGAGAGGGUCUCGUUCACACGGAUGCUGCUUUAGAAGAGUCCCUCAGAGCCUUUCUUCAAACAGCUUCAAUGUCUAGUAUGCCCCCACCAGUUCUCUUUUUGUGAUGCUUUCAUCAGCAUUUAGAACCCGAACUUGAUUUGUAUUUUAUUGACUGAAGUAGAGGUAGAGCAGUUUAGGAACAGAUUUUGUUCUUUGGUUUUAGAGUACAUUUGUAAUUUGCAGCUGUUCCUGUGACCUAACAGCACAGGAUUGGACCCCAGAAUCAUAUCUCUUGGUAAAAAAAAAAAAAAAAAA